UCUGCUUUCCACCAUAUUUUAUGUGGUGUUUGAUUGAUUUGUUAUUUAUAUUAUUAGCAUGCAAGAGAGCCUUUGGGUUUUUCUUUCACGUUGUUUGUUUAGACUUCCAUCGUUUUACAGUGCAGCGUAAACUAGAAUUUUUUAAAUAUCAUUUUAACCGUGCAUUAUCGGCUAAAAAAAGAUCGAACAAAAAUCAUUUUAGAGCAAUCACUGACGUUUUAGGCCGAUUUUAAUUAAUAGCCGAGUCUUUCAAUCAACUGAACAGUUUGUCAGAAAAUCUACGUCCGUCACUUCGUUACAUGAUAAUGGCUAAUAAUGACGAGAACAAAAGCGAGAAUUCCGCCGAAAUAAAAGCUGAAAACGAGGGGGAGGACUCCGAGGAGCCUGAUAAGAUAUUAAUUAUAGAUCCUGAUAGCGAAGAAUUAGACUUCAAUCACUCAAGAUUAACUAAACUGGAAAAUCUAGAACCAUUAACACAAGUACGAAGAUUAUGCUUUACAUGGAACCUCAUUAAAAAGAUAGAAAAUCUUGAUACACUUAUUAGUUUGGUAGAAUUGGAAUUAAGGGAUAAUCAAAUUAUAACAAUAGAAAAUCUAGAUGCCCUGCUGAAUCUAGAACUCUUGGACUUGUCAUUUAAUCGCAUUAAGAAAAUAGAAGGGUUAAGCAACUUACUGAAUUUACAAAAAUUAUUUUUAUCGUCAAAUAAGAUUUUACAAAUUGAGAAUAUCUCGCAUCUGACAAAUCUUGUGACGCUGGAAUUAGGCGAUAAUAAGAUACGUGAAAUUGAGAACCUUGAGGGUCUCGAGAAUCUGACCAAUUUGUUUCUUGGUAAAAACAAAAUUACCAAAAUCCAAAACUUGGAAAAUCUGAAAAAUCUCACGUUAUUAAGUUUACAGAGUAAUCGAAUUACAAAGAUUGAGAAUAUUGAAGAAUUAAAAAAAUUGAAUCAAUUGUACUUGUCUGAAAAUGGUAUAAUGUGUAUAGAGGGCAUAGAAAAUUGUCCAGAAUUAACAACAUUGGAUUUAGCUAAUAAUAAAAUUAAAAAGAUUCAAAAUAUGGAUCAUCUUGAAAGUCUUGAAGAUUUCUGGAUGAAUAACAAUGAAAUUGAAGAUUGGAACACAUUGGAGAGUUUAACAGCCAACAAACAAUUACAGACCGUAUAUCUGGAGCACAAUCCCAUUGCGAAAGAGCCAAAUUAUCGAAGAAAGGUCAUGUUGCUAUUGCCAUGGCUCGAACAGUUAGAUGCAACUCUUUGUAAGAGAAAAACGGGACAACAAUGGGGAGAAUAACAAUAAGUAAUACAUGAAUAGGAAGUACGAUUAAAAGAAAUAGCAUAAGUCUAUGAAGAAUCUAUGUGAUGAAAUCCAAAAUUACAUUGUUACUUUUUUUAUAUUGUAUCCUGAUAUGAUAGAAGCUUGGCCAUAUAAGAUUAAUAAUAACACUACUGAAAACA